AUGAGACUUAUCAUUAGAAAUGAUUAUGACGAAGUGUCAGAAUGGGUUGCACAUUACAUUAAAGAACGCAUCAAUCAAUUUGAACCAACAAAAGACAGACCUUUUGUACUUGGUUUGCCUACUGGAUCAUCACCUAUGAAUGCUUACAGACGUCUAGCAGAGUUUGUCAAGGAAGGAAAACUAUCAUUUAAGCAUGUUGUUACCUUCAAUAUGGACGAAUAUGUUGGCAUACCACGUGCUCAUAAGCAAUCUUAUUAUUCUUUCAUGUGGACAAACCUAUUUCAGCAUAUAGACAUUCCUACUGAGAAUAUCAAUUUCCUUGAUGGAAAUGCACCUGAUUUGGAAGCUGAAUGCAGACGUUAUGAAGCUGAAAUUGCAAAAUAUGGUGGCAUUGAAUUGUUUAUGGGUGGCAUUGGGCCUGAUGGUCAUAUUGCUUUCAAUGAGCCUGGCUCUUCCUUGACUUCUCGUACAAGAGUCAAGACGUUGGCUUAUGAGACCAUUAUAGCUAAUGCUCGAUUCUUUGAAGGAGAUAUCACCAAAGUACCUAAAUUAGCUUUGACAGUGGGUGUAGCUACAGUAAUGGAUGCUAGAGAAGUUUGUAUUAUUAUUACUGGUGCUCAUAGAAGUAUUGCAUUAGCUAAAUGUAUGGAAGAAGGUGUCAAUCAUAUGUGGACAGUGUCUGCUAUUCAAAUGCAUCCUAAAGGUUUGAUUGUUUGCGAUGAAGACGCUACUUUAGAACUUCAUGUCAAGACCGUCAAAUACUUCAAAUCGAUUGAACAUGUCCACCAGGCAUUGAUUGGGCAUGAAAACUUGGGCUUACAAGGUGAACUGUUAUCGACAAAAAGAGUGAGGUCAGAUAAACUACAACGAGAAAUGAUGGUCAGAAAACUAAUGGAUCAAGAGCUCAAUAAAGACGUAGAUGAUGAUUUGGAUUAUGAAGAGCUUCACUAUUCUCCAAAAAAGAAACGUCUUAUUAUCAGUAGCUCACCUUCACCUUAA